AUGGAGAAGGAUGGAGGUCUCAGACUCUGUGUGGACUACAGAGGUCUCAACGAGAUCACUGUCAAGAACAGGGCACCAUUGCCCCUCAUCGAGGAGCAGCUGUUCUUACUCAGGAAGGCAAGGAUCUAUACCAAGCUAGACCUUAGAGCAGCAUACAACCUCAUCCAGAUUGCUAAAGGAGAUGAAUGGAAGACAGCUUUUGGCACUCAGUUGGGACUCUAUGAGUACCUAGUGAUGCCCUUUGGCCUAGCCAAUGCUCCAGCUCACUUCCAGUCAUUCAUCAAUGACAUCUUCCAAGACAUCAUUGGAGUAUAUGUAGUGGUAUACCUAGAUGACUUCCUGAUCUUCAGUGACACUGAGGAGGUACAUGUGAAGCAUGUCACCAAGGUCCUCACUCAUUUAAGGAGCAACAGGCUCUUUGCUAAGCUGUCGAAGUGUGAGUUCCACACCAAGACAGUCGAGUUCCUGGGGUACAUCAUCAAGCCAAUGGGCAUAGAGAUGGACCCAGAAAAGGUGCACACUGUCAAGGAGUGGCCAAUGCUGGAGUCAAUCCAUGACAUCCAGAGGUUCCUGGGUUUUGCCAACUUCUAUCGAAGGUUCAUAGCCCACUUUGCUUGCAUAGCCAAGCCCUUGACAGCACUGGUAAAGCCUAUAGAACAGUUCAAGAAGUUCGAGCUACCAGAGGAGGCCCAACAGGCCUUCCACAAGCUCAUCCAGGCAUUCACAUCUGCAGGAGUGCUUCAGCACUUCGACUACCACCUUCCAACAAGGUUGGAAACUGAUGCAAGUGACUUUGCUAUAGACCAUCAACCUCAUCAUCAUCAACACUCACACCAGACCUUGGUGUCAUCAUAA